UUCCGUUUUAUAAAGAUUUUACUAAAAAAAUGGAUAAGAUAGAAACCAGAGCACUAUACUAAUCCUUUUCCAUUUCUCUGCAAUUUCAAAAACCCACCACCACCGCGCCAGUGACUGAACAAUGGGUUCAGCAGCAACAAUGGCGAUGACGGCGCUCUGUUUCACCAAAACAUCCAAACUCACUUCUUCCUUCCGCACUCUCCCUCGCAUCACCUGCUCUUCCCUCUCCUCUUCUCCUCUCAAAUUCAACGUCUCCUCCUUUCCCUCCAACCCCAAACCUAAACCCGAUAACCCGAACAAAUUUUCCGACGACAACACGAUCCCUUGGAUUGCUCGAGGCAAAGAUGGAAAUUUCAAACUCUCAACUGGACCUCCUCCAACCUUACUCAAAGCCAUGGCCAAUGCCUCAACAGGUACCAAAAAAUCAGAGAAAAACCAAACUAUGAAAACCAAAAAGAAAAAUGAAAAGGAAACAUCGGAGAAAUACCAAACUGUGAAAACCAAGAAGAAAAAUGAGAAGGAAACUAAGGUCCGUAAGGUGGCGCCGCCGCAGUAUUCCAAAGCAUCGCGGAGGUUCUACAAUGAAAAUAUUAAGGUCUCCAGUGCACGUCUCAGCAAGGUUCUCGCUGCCUCUGGAGUUGCGUCCAGGAGAAGCUGUGAAGAGCUUAUUUUUGAAGGCAAGGUUACCGUUAACGGUUCCGUCUGUAAUACACCUCAGACUAAAGUGGAUCCCUCAAAGGAUAUUAUUUAUGUCAACGGGAGCCGCCUUCCUAAGAGGCAGCCUCACAAAGUUUAUCUUGCCUUGAACAAGCCAAAAGGGUACAUAUGCUCAUCUGGGGAAAAGGAGUCUAAAUCUGUUAUAAGUUUAUUUGAUGAUUUUUUGAGCGGUUGGGCUAAGAAGCAUCCAGGAGUACCCCCACCACGACUAUUUACUGUAGGGCGCCUUGAUGUUGCUACUACUGGAUUACUUAUUGUGACUAAUGAUGGAGAUUUUGCUCAAAAACUUUCACAUCCGUCAUCUAAUUUUUCAAAAGAAUACAUUGCAACAGUUAAUGGUCUAGUUCAUCAGAGGCACUUAACGGCCAUAAGUGAGGGAACAACAAUUGAGGGUGUCCAUUGUGUACCAGAUAGUGUGGAGUUACUUCCACGUACUCCAGAUACACAAAGAUCUCGACUUCGUAUUGUGGUUCAUGAUGGAAGAAAGCAUGAAGUUCGCGAACUUGUUAAAAAUGCUGGACUUGAGAUUUAUUCAUUAAAGCGAAUUCGCAUAGCUGGUUUUAGACUUCCACCAGACCUUGGGCUAGGGAAGUACAUUGAGCUAAGUCUUUCGAAUCUGAAAGCAUUGGGAGGAAAAGUUAACAAAGUUAAUUCUUAAUUGUUGGAGUUGCAAAUCUUCCUCAUUCUUAUUCAGAUUUUGACAGCUCCUAAGCUGUUAUGGUGGAAUUAGCCAAUGCUUGUUUGAUUCGAGCUGUUGGAUUCUGAUACCUGGUGCAUUACUUGGUAAAGUAUUUGGAAUAGCCACAAAGCACAAAUUUGUGGAGUGUUUGGCAUCAAUGUAAACUGAGGCUCUUGCAAUCAAACAUGAAACACAGUUACAUAGUUUAGAAGAAUUCAGUAAAGAUUUUAAACAUUAAUGCUUGUAUGUAUGUAUGUAUAAUGUAUUGUAAAAUGUAAAUGGUGAUGUGUCUGAAAUAGUGAAUGAUGUUAGUUUAGGCAACUUAUAAUAUUGUGAACAAGUGGUGUACCGUACAUUUCAAAAUAAGCCUGCAGGCUGCAGCAAUAACCUAAA